AUGGUUUGGACCAAAGAGAUGGUCCACGAGAGGCUCCUGGAGCUCAUGGAGAACUGCCAUACCGUCCGACAACUGAUGCUCAGCAGUAAUCGGAUGGAGCGCCUACUUUGGGAACAAGUUCAGAUGCGCACCCCUGCGGCGAAUACCAUUCCGCUUGCCAUUGCCUUGGUCCGGUUCGCCAGAGACAUUUACAGGUACGAGGCUGACUCGGGCCUUUGGUGUAACGAUCCCGAGCUCCGGCACAACUGCUUCGAACUCCAAACUCCAGCCAUGCGAGCAGACGGCAAGCCCAACAGCGACCGCAACGGCAACCCAGUCACCAUCCCAGUUUUCCCUGUCAGGAACCUUGGCAAGUGUUACGGCUUGCACAGCCUCAGAACAACGGUGUGGGAAGAGACGGCGGAGGAGACUUGGUGA